GCCAUGCCCAUUCCAUGCCAUCGUUACCCUCCCCACGCCCCCGAGGAAAAGCCUCAUUGCGCCGUCUCUCAUGUGAUCGCGAAAUCUUUCUAUUUUUCACUUUUCCCACCUUCCCAUCUGCCGUAGGUCCUGGACGGAACGGGGUCUGGACGGACGAGGAUGAGAGAUCUAAGUCCAAAAGAAAAGGUGGACACGGCCUGCUCGGUAUUCGUCCUUGGUCUCUUUCGUCGAGUACAUUGGGCGCGUGCUGAAGCAGUCGGACCCUCAACCUUUUGCCCAUCGUCAUCUCACGUUGUUGAAAGAGGUCACGGAAACAAGACACGUGCAUGGCAAUGGGGACUGGACCACCGGUGAUCAUGCUUGCUGUAUUAUUGUCACUCGAUGAUAUUACCGGUAAUGAUGAUGAGGUCCCUGACGCCUUGUUCGGGCUAGCCGAAGUAUACCAAGUGAACUCGUUUAAAGCCGUACGGUGCAAAUCCUUCUGCUGUGGCUGUGGCUGUGCGAUGGCGAUGGAGAUGGAGAUGGAGAUGGCGAUGGCGAAAGCGAUGAGGCGGUGGAGAGCCCAACCACGGCCUUUGCCUAGAAACUGGCUUGACCACGACGAUCAUCCUCGGCUUGUCCGUCUGCCAACAUCUCUCUCUCUCUCUCUCUCUCUCUCUCUCUCUCCAUGGCAUGAGAAUGCAACCGUGAACACUAGAAUUUUCAAGUUAUUCUUGUCUACGACUAUAGUUACUACUACUACUAAUCAUCACCUCAGUAGACUGUCUAAACUCAGUUCCGACACUAAUCGAAGGACGAUUGUUAGCAUCAUUCAUGCGCGGUUACAUGACUCCGGCCGUGGACAUUGCGUACCGCACACCUACUCGUACAAAGCAGAAAAUUGGUGUAGUCUACAUAUUGUAACCUAUCUUGACUACUUUUACAAGUCGAUAUUAUUAGUGUAGUCUAAGGGUCUUUAGGGGACAUUGCUAAAAAGUGUACAAUACAGCCAGUAGCCUCACUACGAGCCGGAAGUAGGGAUCUGGUACUCGCGGAUGCGGGCAGGCGGCUCUGGAGUCUUGAAUCUCUUGAUCCGGACCACCAGAGUACACUAACUGAGGAAUUCAUCUG